CGUCUCUCGCUCAUUUAGCUGCGGUGGGAGCGCGCGUCCCGGGCACGCUCCGGUAACUUUUCCCUCAGCUGCGCUUCAACCAAACUCAAAGCUCCGGCAGCAGCUUCCUGUUCUUCUGACAGGGGAGAGGAGGAGGAGGAGAAGUGAGGAGCAAGUUUACACCUCUGAGGAUUUCAUCCCGACACCACAGCAGCUCUUCAUCCCUCUCUCGGUGCCUCUUCAUCCAUCUCUUCCUCGGAGGUGCAGCCGCGCAGGGCCAGCCUGAAUGUGUCUGUGUGUUUGACUCAAGUUGGGUCCUGUCAGACGAGGUGAAUGUACAGCAUCAUGAUGGAGACGGACUUACAUUCCCCCGUGGUGUCCCAGACCAACCCAUCCAACCCGGGGGGACACGGCGGGCCCGGAGGCAAAGUCCCCCAGGAGCGCAUCAAGAGACCCAUGAACGCCUUCAUGGUGUGGUCCCGGGGCCAGCGCAGGAAAAUGGCACAGGAGAACCCCAAGAUGCACAACUCGGAGAUCAGCAAGAGGCUGGGGGCCGAGUGGAAGGUGAUGACGGAGGCGGAGAAGAGGCCGUUCAUCGACGAGGCGAAGCGGCUCCGGGCCAUGCACAUGAAGGAACACCCGGACUACAAGUACCGGCCGCGCAGGAAGACCAAGACGCUGCUGAAGAAGGACAAGUACUCGCUGGCCGGGGGGCUGCUGGGCUCCUCCGCGGGGGUCGGGAUGGGCGGCGUGCAGCGGCUGGACAGUCCCGGCGGCCACGCAGGGGCCAACGCGGGCUACGCGUCGCAUGUGAACGGCUGGGCGAACGGCGCGUACUCCGGUCAGGUGGCGGCGGCUGCGGCGGCGGCACACGCAAUGAUGCAGGAGGCGCAGCUGGCGUACACGCAACACCCGGGCACCGGGGGUCACCCGCACCAUCACCCGCACCACCACCCGCACAACCCGCAGCCCGUGCACAGGUACGACAUGAGCGCCCUGUCGUACAGCCCCAUCUCAAACUCUCAGAGCUACAUGAGCGCCUCUCCGCCGGGAUACGGCGGCAUCACCGGCUACACUCACCAGCACCAGGGCUCCGGCGUGUCCGGGGUGAUCGGUGGGACGUUGGGAUCCCUGGUGAAAUCUGAGCCCAGCGUGAGCCCCCCGGUUUCCACAGCCCGCGCGCCGCCGUGCGCCACGGGGGACCUGCGGGACAUGAUCAGCAUGUACCUGCCCCCCGGAGACCCGGCGGGAGACGUUCAGAGCAGACUGCACGUGUUGCACCCGCAGCACUACCAGAGCAGCGGCUCCGCUCCGGUCAACGGGACGGUUCCUCUGACGCAUAUUUAAAACCAAAUAUUUGAACUGUAGAUGUGGAGCGGGCUGCUGAGGAUGAAUUGUAAAUUAUAGGCGGGUAUAGCCAUGAAAAUGCAAUCACUUUGAACAAACUUAUUUUUAUUGUUUCUAUUUUCUUUGAUCGAUUCUUGUCUGUCCGAGUUAAAGCUGAUCUGCUCUCUGGAACAGGGCAUGCCAAGUUUAACCCCAUUUAAAUUAUAACCCGUGCAGACUGGUGCAUUUUUUGAAGUUUUAUUUUAUUUUUCCGACUUUUCUGUGGAAUUACAGGCACCAGAGUGUGAGAGCUGUUUAAUGAGGGAGCCGCUGUGCAGGAUGUGUUUCAAACAAGUUUCUUGGCUGCAGUUGACAUUGAUUUCCAGUUUUCAUGAUUGUAAACAUGUGAGUCAGUCGGUGUUAUUUGAAUUCGUUUUUGUUGUUGUAAAAUCUUGUAAAUUGUGAAUAAAUAGGCCUCCUGAAAACGCCUUUUAUCUAA